UGAACUGCCUGCUGCAGGAGCGAAUAAUGUCCAGCAGAAGGCAGCAGAGCGGCAGUUACUGACUGCUGUCCGUGCAGAUGCCAGGCCAAAAAUAAUAAUAAAAAAAGACGUAAAGGCUUCGCUUUCCAUAUAUAUGGAUCUAGUCUGAUAAUUACCAGUCUGCCACAGAUCACAGACAUCAUGAAGAAAGUGGAUCAUGUUCAUCACAUCAACUUUGAAAGUCUGCCUUUAGAGGACAAACUGCAGAUGAAACAGCUCGACGUCCAGCAGGAUGCUGGCGCAAACCAAACAACUGAUGAGGAGCAGCUCUUGGUGGUAAAAGCAAAGGUUCCUGAAGAAAAGCUAGAGAUAAAGAAAGAAGAGGAAGAACUCUGUCCUAAUGCUGGUGGAGAGCUGAUCUACGAGGAGGAGGAAGAGACAGAGGACAACAGAUUUCCCUUCACUGUUGUUACUGUGAAGAUUGAAGAUGAUCAAGAGAAACCUCAGUUAUCAGAUCUUCAUCGCAUUAAAACUGAAAACAAUAUGGAGACAGAGGCUCCAGGACUUCAAGAGGGAUGGAUGGAGAUCCCGGGAAAACGGUGUUCGGAUGAGGACAAACAGAUGUUGGUGAUUAAAGAAGAAGUUCCUGUUCUGUCGAGAACCAGUUCGGACCAGAAGGACGCAGAGCUAAUCAAGAUAAAGAAGGAAGAGAAGGAACUGUGGAUCAGUCAGGAGGAAGAGCAGCUUACUGUGAAGAAUGAAGAUGAAGAGAAACUUCGGUCAUCAGAGCUUCAGCAAAUUAAAGCUGAAAACAACAGAGAGGCUGAAACUUUAACCAGCAGUUCAGCUGAACAGAUGGAAACAGAACCCGAUGGAGAGGAUGGUGGAGGACCAGAACCUUAUGGGGCCUUUGUCAGUGUUUAUGGAAAAACAUUAAAUAAUGAGACUGCUGUUAAAUUACACACAAUGACUCACACUGGAAACAGAGAGCAUGGCUCUGAUCUUUGUGGUAAAGAAUUUAAAGAAAAGGGUUGCCUUCAGACACACACGCAACUUCCAACUGAAGAGAGAAUAUUUGCCUGUGAUGUUUGUGGCACAAGGUUUCAAAAACGUGAAACUCUUAAAAACCACAUGAGGAUCCACCCCACAGAGAGACAGUUUAUCUGCAGUGUUUGUAGCAAAGCGUUUUCAAGACAAGAUCAUCUAAAGAGUCACAUGCGUGUUCACACUGGAGAGAAACCGUUUAGUUGUAGUUUUUGCAGUAAAGGAUUUUCACAACAAAUUCAUCUGAAGAGUCACAUGCGAGUUCACACGGGAGAGAAACCAUUCAUUUGUAGUUUUUGUAGCAAAGGAUUUUCACGACAGGAUCUUCUAAAGAGUCACAUGCGAGUUCACACGGGAGAGAAACCGUUUGUCUGUAGUGUUUGCAGCAAAGGAUUUUCACAACAGAAUCACUUGAAAAACCACAUGGGUUUUCACACGACAUCGUUUAGCUGUAACGACUGCGGCAAGCGUUUUAUGAAGGAGGACCAGUUAAAACGACAUGUGAGGCUCCACACAGAAGGGAGACCGUUUGGUUGUGAUGUCUGUAAAAGCAGGUUUUAUAAAAGGUAUCAUCUUGAAAAUCAUAUGAGGAUCCAUUCGGGAGAGAAACCGUUUGUGUGUGGAGUUUGCAGUAAAGCGUUUUCACGAGACGGAGAUCUGAAACGUCACAUGGGUGCCCACGAGGGCUGUAACUAAUAAGUCAAUAAAUCUGUGUUUUCUGAUUAUUCUACCACUAUUUUAACCCAUAUCUGAUAUUUUUCCGUGCAGCUAUUGUUCCCAGCAGCGUUUGCAAGUUGACACUACAGGACAUGGGGCACCAUGCACUCCCUCCUCCCUUACCUGUUGCUGUGUGGUUCCUCCUUCCACCAAUUUCAAGAGACUCAGUCAGAUGUUUUGAAGUCAU